AUGAACGAUGACCGAUGUGCGAAUGAGCAAAAGAGCGAACGGGUCACGGCACCAAAUAUCGGGACACCACUUCGACCGAUCGCGUCAUCGAUGCGAGCAGCGUCAACUGGUGUCUCCCAUUUCUUAGAUCAAGUGCUCUGUCCGAUCUUUGAUCGAGUAGCUCGGCAGACGACCUUCGUCAAUGGAAUUAAUCUCGUUCGUCGACUUGAACUGCAUCAAGAUCUCGGAUAUCUGACACCAACGACCACUUUUGUUACAUUCGAUGUCGCUGCUCUAUACACCAUGAUCCCUCGAGAUGGUGCUCUAAUCGUUUUAGAAGAAUUUCUAUGCAAAUAUGCUCAGAAUGGUCUUAUCCAUGGCAUGACAAUUGAUACUCUGAUGAAUAUGACUAGUUCAGUGUUGGAUACCAAUUGUUUCGUCUAUGAAAACAAGUAUUAUCAGCAGAUUCGAGGUGGAGCGGUGGGAUCACCAUUUGCCAUGACGCUGGCCAAUAUCUAUAUGCUGAAAUGGAAACAACGAUUGAUUGGAAAUCAAAAACGUCACAAUGAGCUCUAUGGUCGAUAUAUCGAUGAUGUAUUUAUGACAUCGAACUUAUCAUUAGAUUGA